GCGCUCAGUGACCGAUUUUUUUUUCUCACACUCUUCUCUUCUCUCCACUCCCCCCCCCCCGUCUUUCCCAUUACACCCUUUCGUUAUAUCGUGCAGUUGUUGCGGUAGGGUUCGACGUGCCCGCCCCACCUCCGUGCCCGCAGCCUCCUCCGUGUCCCCCGCGGCGGGUCCAUGGCACAUCCACGGGGCCAUCUAUAACACGUCCACUAGGAAUCGGGUGUUUAAAGUGGCCAGGCGCUGGAGUGGCUGUGGUCGCUGAAGUUACCUACCCACGGAGGAAGGUCAUUCGUACUUUUUUUUUUGUUUUUUCUGUUUUGGUUCUUCGCGGCCUCUUGGAAGUUCGCUGGAGUUUACCCACCCACGGAGGGAGGUCGUUUCGUGUGUGCGAGUUUUCUGCUCGGUCUCUUUAGAAGUUCGUGAAGUUACAACACAACCACGCACGUAAGGUAUUCGUGUCCCUUUUUUCCCUCUCCCCCCUGGAAGUUCGUGAAGUUAACCCCCGUGUGGAGGUCAUUCCUUUCAUUAUAUAUUUUUUGGGGGUGUGUUCGUGUGGCCUCCGACGUGUGUACAGAGAGAGGUUAACGAAAGCACAGUAGCGUGCUCCUUUGGAGUGCACUUGUACAGUGUAUGGUAAAAGGAACAGAGGAAAACAAGAAAAAAACAACAUUGUUUAUAUGUGAUCACGUGGAUGUGGUAAUUCGAUCAUUGUAAACAUAGCAAAAUUAAGGAAGAGGAAGGGAUGAGUACACGAAACUAGCGAUACGUAUAUAGCCAACAUUAUCUCGACCAAUCCAGAAUCAAAAUCAAAAGUGAACCAAACCCCCAUACAUAAUAAAAAAAGAUAAAUAAAUAAAAAUCUACCCAUAUUUCCGCACUCAUCAGAAUACAUGGGGCAGAGACACCCACUACCCACGCAUCGCAAAAACGUAAACAAAGCAAGUAAACAAAAGCAUCUGUUCCCCGGUGAUGAAAAACUCGCAAGAACACCUCGAUUUGUAAAUGAAACUCGUAAGAACACCUCGAUUUGUGAAUGGUUGUAGGUGAAGGCGUUUGUUUGUGUGCAUGGUUGCCUUCGCUGCUUGCACCUUCCCUUCCCACAAUAAAGAAAAAACGAAUGAGUGAGAUUGUACACUCACAAUUCGUACGAUAAAACAGAGAAAAGAGAACGUCAGAUCUGCCAGAUGAUUGUCAAUUCAGACAGCAAUGAGCAGAGACGCGAAGGGGGCGUGGCCUUGGACAGGACGUCUCAGAAUGGCCUCCUUGUGCGCAUGCUCGGUGACGUGAAGGGCGGCAGCGGCGCCACCGUAGAGACCUCGCUGGCGUCGGCGGCGGCGGCGGCGACAGGCAGCGUGGGCGAUGGCAGCGGCGGCGGCGACACCGACGGCGGCGACGACGGGCGCGAGAGCAGCUACGGCGGCGGCGGCGGCAGCGGGAGCGAGGCGGAGGACCGGCUCCUGCGCGGGGCCGUCCGGGCGGCGGGUGGCGGGGGCUCGGCGCCGGGCUCCUACAGCAGGUUCCUGACGCUGCACCGCCGGCGCCGCCGCAAGCCGCCCACCAGGCAGAUGGAGAAGCCGCACCGCGCGCUGCUCGACGACCUGUACCACGGGCCCACGCAGUGCGUGUUGUCCCAAGUGGGCGUGUGGGGCUUCAACGCCUUCGCCCUGGACAGCGUGUGCGGAGGGCGCCCCGUGUCCGUGCUCUGCGUGUACCUCCUCCACAAGUACGGCCUCAUCCAGCACUUCAAGCUGGACACCGUCACGGUCUGGAAGUGCUUCAGUCUAAUUGAAGAUGGUUACCACGCUUCCAAUCCGUACCACAAUGCAAUCCACGCGGCAGAUGUGACACAAGCGAUGCACUGCUAUCUUCAGGAGGAAAAGAUCAGCGAGCACAUGAAGCCGAUUGAAGUGCUGGCCGCCCUUGUAGCUGCCGUAUGCCACGACUUGGAUCACCCUGGGGUCAACCAGCCGUUCCUCAUUGCUACGGAUAACCAUCUUGCCGCACUCUAUAAGAACCUUAGUGUGCUGGAGAACCAUCACUGGCGAUGUGCUAUGGGCUGUCUCUGGGAGUCAGGUUUGCUCGAUGAUUGGGAUCCGGAUGAUGUUGCAACGCUGCAGGAUAUGAUCAGGUCCCUUAUCCUUGCAACAGACAUCACUCGCCAGCAAGAGUUCCUGUCACGGUUUCGGAGGUACUUAGAUGCCAGUAGCCUAGACAUGAAAAAUGCUGAUCAUCGCCACUUUUCGCUGCAAAUUGCCCUCAAGUGUGCAGACAUCUGCAAUCCUUGCCGGCCCUGGGAUGUGUCCCAAAAGUGGUCACACAAGAUUUGCGAUGAGUUUUACAGACAGGGAGAUUAUGAGCGACAGCUCAAUCUGCCAGUCACUCCUCUGUGUGACCGGUCUGUGAUGUCAGUUGCCAAAAUUCAGACAGGAUUCAUCAAGUAUGUGGUGUCCCCGUUGUUUGACGCUUGGGAUCGAUGGUUGAGUACAGGGCUCUCUGCCUCAAUGGUCAGCAACAUGAAUGAGAAUCUAGGGCACUGGGAGGAGCAGUUGGCGCAGGAAGUAGCGGAGGAGACUGUAACUGAGACGUCCAUAGCACCUUCUGAGUCUCCACAGCUUCCAAUUGAAGAUGAGGAAGAGCUUGAAGGGGAGGGAGGCACCACUCCCAGUAGCAGUGCCGACAGCCACCAGUCUGUGUUGGGAUCCCUGGAAAACGUGUCCAGAUCUCUUCACCUUGGCCGGAGGCACUCAGUACCACUCAAUGUACCACGCCUGGUUCCUCGUACGGUUAUCCGGCGAGAGAGCCUGCCUGAAGCAGACGGCCAGCCCCUGGUUGUGGAGACAGUGGUUAUGGGAGGUAUGUCAAUGACAUCCCUCACAUCCCAUACGACUGACAAUAAUACCACGCUAACCACGGAUGCCCUUCUACCAGACCCCUCGAUCACAACCAUGGGGGGUGUGGGCACGAGUCAUCCUCGCCAUUCCUUGAGGCUGGCACGCCGAAUGUCACUGCCUCCUGUGUGGUCACACAGUGUGGGGAGACAUGGGCCUCCUCUACAGCCUCUGUCCCCCACGCCAAGCGAGGACUCAACAACUCAACAGAAUCCUGAUGAGGAUAGUUCAUCUAAGAGAACAGACGACAGCCUAAGAACACAAACAACUGGACAAAGUAGUGGUGGUGAUCAAAGUGGAGGAGGAGGAGGAGGAGGAAGUGGUAAUGUUGAGAGUAAAGAUUCGAAAGGAAGUCAUAGUAAUAGUGAUUCUCAUGAUUUACCAGAUCGGUCAUUUGAGUCAACAACUCGUAAUGCUUCCACUUCGGGUCGGGAAUAUAGUGUUCACAAUAGAAAGAAUAUUCAGAGUUCUCAAGGUGCUACAUUCCUUCAUUCUGACUGCUCAGACAGUGUUCACUUCCGGAGUCGUGGUGGUAAGGUGCUAGUGCGAAGAGCCUCGCUAGACAGUACAAGUGUUAGCAGCAAAAGGGAGUUUUUGGAUCGCCUGACAUAUGAGAGCAGCAAGUUUGCUCGUGUUGACCACUCAGACCUGGAAAAAGAUAAGGAGAACCAGGUUCCGAGAGACGUGUCUGCGCAUAGAGAGAGAGCGGUGCCAUUGUGGAAGACUCGUGCUUGGAGGAGCCUUAAUUAUGAGGAUGAAAAUGCCUGUGAUCCCAGAGAGAAAAUGUUAAAGCCAGGCAUAUACAAGCUCAAUCAAACUCAGGGAUGCAUGUUUGCCCAUGGUCGUCGUGGAUCAGCCCCGCUUCUCCAACCAGAGGAACUGAUGGGGGGGCUGAGAGGGGGAGCAGAAAGGCCUGACCAGUGGUACUUGUCAAGACGGAGGGGAUCAGCACCCUCGCAGCAGCUCCAUCCAGGACUUAAGAUACUGAAAGUGGGUUUCACUGGUGUGGUGCCUCUUGGGUCUGGUGGAGGUGGUACUGGUAUGCAUGGCGUGGUAGCAGGAAGUAGUGCCAACGUACCACCCUUUAAACGACAACGUGCUUUCCCUCAUCGUCUCAAUCGCACUAACUCCUUCUCUGUCCUAGAACCUUUCAUUUCUUCCAUGGCAGGCUCAGAAGGUGAGGGCUGCCCAGAGGUCACUCCAAGCCGCCUACCCCCUCUGACUGCGACGGAGAACCUGCCCCUCGGAGAGAGCCCCUUCUGCCUGUCCAGACUGCGUGGCCGAAGAGGUUCUGUGCCCUGUGACACACCCGGGGCGGACCCGGUCGUGGAGCAGCCAGUCCUCAAGGAGCAGACAGAUAUAAGAUACGGGCGAAGGGGCUCUGGAGGCCUCGAGAUGCUGCCGUCCAUGGUGGCUAGAGCGCUUCCUUCCUUGUCUACCAGCCGAGGGGGCAUUUCAGGGGGGGGAGCGGGGGGUUCAGGCAUGCCUUCCUCAUCAUCCUUUUACCGUGACUUCCAUAGGGGUUCUGGCGGCUUAGAACUGCUGUCAGGGCUGUGGAGAACUCACCUGGAAACUGAAGCUUCCUUGUUGCACGACGACGCAGAUGUUUGCUCGCAGUCUUCAGGCGGCAUGACUCCAGGGACCCCAGGGGCAGUCCCCCCUCCCAGGGUGAAUAUUUCCUUCCCACUGCACAGACGCGGCUCACUGCCAACAGACCUCUUUUACUCAGUGUGUGGGGUAAUGAGGGGACGUAGCAACGUGAGUGCCCGGGCCCUCCGUCUCCGCCCUAGCCCCAUUCUUCUGCCAGCCUCCAGUGCCAAGCUUACGUCUCCCUCUCUGUCAACCCGCCCGUGAAGAUGCUGCCAUUGGGGUGGAUCUUCUUUGGACGAGUCGCCGCCUCCCUUUUUUUAAUAUAUAUAUGUAUGACCCUAUAUGUGUGUGUGUGUGUGUGUAUGUGUGUGUGUGUGUGUGUG